AUGCAGAGAAGCUUCACUCUCCUGUACACCAGUGUUCUGGGGAUGUGCUUGGGUUCAAGUUUUCCAAGUAACAUCAAUAUAGGGGGUCUAUUCCCAACCGAAUCUCACGAAUAUGAGGUGUUUCGGUUUGCGCUCUCGCACCACCAGGAUAUUCCCAAACUGGUGCCGCAGGUGGAUAUGGUCAAGAUGGGCAACAGCUUCUCCAUGACAUAUGCCUUCUGCUCCCAGUUCUCCAAAGGUGUGUACGCCAUCAUCGGUCUCUACGACAGGAAGACGGUCAACAUGCUGAUGUCGUUCUGCGGGGCGCUGCAUGUGUGCUUCGUCACGCCCUCCUACCCCAUCGAGACGGCCAACCAGUUCAUGAUCCAGCUGAGACCGGAGCUACAAGAUGUUCUGGUGGGAGUCAUCGACCACUACCAGUGGACCAAGUUCGUCUAUAUGUACAGCUCUGACUCCGGCCUGUCGGUGUUGCAGAAGGUCCUGGACACAGCGGCAGAGAGGAGCUGGCUGGUGACCUCAGUCAACGUGGAGACCAUGACGGAAGCCUCAUUCCUCAAGGUGUUCCAAGACCUGGACAAAAGGAAGGAGGGGCAGAUUAUAAUCGACUGCGAGACUGAGAGACUUACAUCCAUCCUCAAAAAGAUUGUUGAACAGGGGAAGAAUGCUAAGAGUUAUCACUACAUCCUGGCCAACCUGGGUUUUCUGGACAUUGACCUAACAGAUUUGAGGAAAGGCGGGGCCAACAUCACAGGCUUCCAGCUUGUCAACUACACAGAUCAGAACGUCAGUAAUACCAUUCAACAGUGGGUGGAGUAUGAAAACAAAGACUCCAAGGUUCCCAAGAGACGUCUGAAGUACACUGGAGCCCUGACGUAUGACGGAGUGAAGGUGAUGUCUACAGCAUUUCAGAACCUUCGGAGGCAGAGGAUAGACAUCUCACGCCGUGGCAACGCUGGAGAAUGCCUUGCCAACCCCCCAGCACCCUGGGGUCAAGGCAUUGACAUACAAAGAGCCCUGCAACAGGUGCGUAUUGAUGGUCUGACAGGUCAUAUCCAGUUCAAUGAGAAAGGACGUAGGACCAACUUCACCGUCAGUGUCAUGGAGCUAGCUCCCUCUGGACCUAAGAAGGUUGGCUACUGGAACGAGGAUGAGAAGUAUGUCAGCACAGCCACCUUCAUGAGAGGCAGCAACGAAAGUAACUACGGCCUACAGAACAGGACCUACAUAGUCACCACCAUCCUGGAAUCCCCAUAUGUGAUGUUGAAGAAGAACCAUGAGAAGUUUGAAGGAAAUGAGAAGUAUGAGGGUUACAUUGUGGAGCUAGCGGCGGAGAUUGCCAAGCACGUUGGGUACCACUACAAACUGAAGGUGGUAUCAGAUGGGAAGUAUGGAGCCAGAGACCCUGACACCAAGAUGUGGAAUGGCAUGGUGGGAGAACUGGUGUAUGGGAAAGCAGACGUUGCGGUUGCCCCUUUGACCAUAACGCUGGUUCGUGAGGAGGUGAUAGACUUCUCCAAGCCCUUUAUGUCACUGGGCAUCUCCAUCAUGAUCAAGAAGCCCACCAAGUCCAAGCCAGGCGUCUUCUCCUUCCUGGACCCGCUGGCCUAUGAGAUCUGGAUGUGCAUCGUGUUCGCCUAUAUCGGCGUUAGUGUGGUUCUGUUCCUGGUCAGCCGAUUCAGCCCGUACGAGUGGCAUGCUGAGGACUAUGAAGACGGGGGAGACUCACAGACCAUGAAUCAGCAGACGGGAUCGGGAGCCGGGCUACAGUCGGGUCAGAACCCCAGUCAGCAGGCCCAGAACCAGCAGAAUCAGGAGCAGACCAAUGAGUUUGGCAUCUUCAACUCCCUCUGGUUCUCCCUUGGAGCUUUCAUGCAGCAAGGAUGUGACAUCUCCCCCAGGUCCCUGUCAGGUCGUAUAGUGGGAGGCGUGUGGUGGUUCUUCACUCUCAUCAUCAUCUCCUCCUACACGGCCAAUUUGGCUGCCUUCCUCACAGUGGAGAGGAUGGUGUCCCCUAUAGAGAGUGCUGAGGACCUGGCUAAACAGACCGAGAUUGCCUAUGGAACUCUGGAUGCUGGCUCCACCAAGGAGUUCUUCAGGCGGUCUAAAAUCGCAGUGUUUGAGAAAAUGUGGUCCUACAUGAAGUCAGCCGACCCCUCAGUGUUCGUGAAGACCACGGACGAGGGCGUGAUGAGGGUCAGGAAGUCCAAAGGGAAGUAUGCCUACCUGUUAGAGUCCACCAUGAACGAGUACAUCGAGCAGAGGAAGCCAUGUGACACAAUGAAGGUGGGGGGCAACCUGGACUCUAAAGGAUACGGCAUUGCCACGCCCAAGGGCUCCCCCCUCAGAAACCCUGUUAACCUGGCAGUGUUAAAACUGAACGAGCAAGGCCUGUUGGACAAAUUGAAAAACAAAUGGUGGUACGACAAGGGCGAGUGUGGCAGCGGGGGCGGGGACUCAAAGGACAAAACCAGCGCGUUGAGCCUGAGCAACGUGGCCGGAGUGUUCUACAUUCUGAUUGGAGGGCUAGGGCUGGCCAUGCUGGUGGCGUUGGUGGAGUUCUGCUACAAGUCGCGGACCGAGUCUCAGAGAAUGAAGCAGAACAUCAAUGACGCCAUGCACUGCUCAACCAUGACCAGGAUGAGUGGGAACGGGAAUGGGGGAGGACUAGGAGGAGGUGGAGGAGGUGGAGGAGGGGAGAACGGACGCAUCCUGACUCAUGACUUUCCCAAAACAGUCCAGACUCUCCCCUGUAUGAGCCACUCCGCCAGCAUGGGGCUCAGCGCCUCCGGCAUGUGAUCACAUGUCCUGUCAGAGAGGGGCAGAGUAACAAGGCAAGGGGCGGGGCUGGAGACUCACUCAUAGACCUUACAAAGAUGGCCGCAUUUAUGGUGACAUUGACCUUAAGAAUAAGGCCCUCUUUCUGACCUGUCUGUUUGUGUGAUGGCUGCGUGCUGUGUGUCCCACACAGACUUCAAUACUACUGCCAAAUGCACUCUUACAUUACUUACGGCCAACAAGGGACGUGUCAACGGAUCCUUUUUUUUUUUUUCUUA